CUCUCCUCUUUCUCUUCUCCGUCUCUCUUGUAAGGAGAAUGAAUGUUUUCUUCUCUCUUUCCUCCCCAUCUUUAAAACACCAUUAGAGACAGAGGAAAGAGAGAGACAUCCCUCAUACACAGGAAAGAGAGAAAGAAGGAAGGAAACAAACAAAGGCAAUAACGUCAACCUCAACGCAUAUAUUCCCAGAACAUGUUGUUAUAUAUGUAGCUUUCUUGACAGACCCAAUAUCCAUCCGUUCAAGGCCUGUAAUUAAUUGGCGUCUCCAAGUUAUCAUUGCAAAUUUCAGAAAGCGCAUACAUGCACUUUCCUUCCCCCACCCCCACCCACCGUCCAAAUUUCAGACCGUCCCGUUAUGGGCAAUUGGAAUUUCCAUCCGUGUUUUGUAAUUGAAGCCUAGAUUUGAUCAGGGGUUUUCUCUGUAUAUCAGUGGAUUUCCUCCCACGGAGAGAAAAGUGGACAAAGAGGGGAAGGGCUGAUCCUGGACCCGGCCUUUUCUUCUUCUUUUUUUUUUUUUUUGGAGUGGUGUACUGAUAUUCCCUUAAAUUAAGGAGCCUAUGAUGUCUGAUGGGUAUAAGAAAAGUGACGAUAUUUGUGAAGACGUUUGCGGUAGCCAGACCUCAAACUCGCCGUUGAGCAUGUCAAGACUGCGCUGUUUCUGUCAAGGGCUAGAUGUCAAGACGCUGAUCGUUUUGUUUUUGUUUGUGCCAACAUGCAUAGUUGGUGCUUACUUUCAUGGGCAGAAGGUGACCUACUUUCUGCGGCCAUUAUGGCAAUCUCCUCCUAAGCCAUUUAUUGAGAUGACUCACUAUUACCAUGAGAACAUCACGAUGGAGAAUCUUUGCAAGCUUCACGGUUGGGGAGUACGUGAAUUUCCCAGACGUGUCUAUGAUGCUGUAUUGUUUAAUAAUGAAGUAGACAUGCUUACAAUCCGCUGGAAAGAGUUGUAUCCUUAUGUGACACAGUAUGUUCUUCUUGAAUCAAAUUCGACGUUUACUGCUUUACCGAAGCCCUACUUUUUUGCGCUGAGUCGGGACAAGUUUAAAUUCGUUGAGCAGAGGUUGACAUAUGGAACAAUUGGGGGAAGAUUUCGAAGAGGCGAAAACCCAUUUAUUGAAGAGGCAUAUCAGAGGGUGGCACUUGACCAGCUUCUCCAAAUAGCUGGAAUUGAGGAUGAUGAUUUGCUGAUAAUGUCUGACGUUGAUGAAAUUCCGAGCAGGCACACGAUUAAUCUCUUAAGAUGGUGUGAUGACAUCCCUCAGAUUCUUCACCUUCAGCUGAGGAACUACUUGUACUCGUUUGAGUUCUACUUCGACUCCAAAAGCUGGAGAGCUUCAGUACAUAGGUACCGGAGGGGGAAAACUAGGUAUGCACACUAUCGUCAGACUGACUAUCUCUUAUCGGAUGCAGGGUGGCAUUGUAGCUUUUGUUUCCGCCAUAUCAGUGAUUUUAUAUUCAAGAUGAAAGCCUACAGCCAUAAUGAUCGAGUGAGGUUCUCUCAUUAUUUGGACCCCAAGAGGAUUCAAGAUAUUAUCUGCCGAGGAGCUGAUUUAUAUGACAUGCUUCCAGAGGAGUACACAUUCAAGGAUAUCAUUAGGAGGUUGGGACCGAUUCCUCAUUCUUAUUCAGGAGUUCAUCUUCCUGCUCAUUUAUUGGACAAUGCUGACAAGUACAAAUACCUUUUACCUGGGAACUGUAGAAGAGAAGGCUGACAUGGCUGGAGUAAGAGAGUGAGGUGCUUAGGUUAUCAACAGAGAGGCAGAACAUGUCCUGCACCAUGAUAGGUAUGCAGUGUAACUGAUGGUGAUGACAUAUACAGUUUUCGGAUAUGGCCACAUGCCUUGAUGGUUUCAACAAGAUUUAGGUCAUUAUGUCUGAGUAAAGCAGGGAAGAAUGGAUGGCUUGCUGGUUUACUGGGUAAACUUUGUCUGUAUUGCUGCAUUGUUUACCAAGUUGGGAGAAUGAUUAGGGCGUAAUGACGUGAGAGUUGUGGACAAACUCUGCUUCACUGUUGCUGCAUAACCCUGAAGAUGCUGUAGAGUUACAUGGCAUUUCUCAGGAUUUUCUUUGUGUAGGAACUUUGUUUUGCCUUUUGUUCUUCUUUUUUUUUUUUUGACACUAAUUUACACAAUCAUCUGACUGAGCAAAGAUUCCAUUAGCUGUAGAGCUGACUUUAUUCCACCCGAGGCAUUUAUGCAUUGUUCGUGUACGUUCCUUUCCA